GUUAAUUAUUCAAAAAUGAAAACACUUAAAGAGAAAAUGUUAAAAAUAGACAAAGUAUUAUGCAUACCUAUACCAAUAGAUAUGUUAAAAGCUUAAUAUCCCUGAAUCAAGUAAGGGUCUUUUCAAAAAGAAGAAAAAUAAUUCUUGUAUAAUGAAGGAACAAGACAAGAACAUUAACAAUAUAAGUAUGAUAAGUUCAAAUGCAGGAUGCAUAAUCAGUAGAACACAAUUAAAAAAGCAAUAAUCAAUAUAGAUGUUAUUAUGUGAUACAGUUAGAAGUUAAACAUUAUCAAUGAAAUAAUUAAAGAUGAUUCAUGAAUAGGAUUAGAUUCAAUGUAUGUAAUCACAAAAGGAAGAAUUAUAGAAUUAGAUUAACUAAUUAGUGUAAAUGAAAAAAUAAAUAUAAGAGCAAGAGGAGAAAAAGAAAAAACAAUUUAUAACUUAAGAUACUACUCUUUUGCCAUAAAUGCUCAAAUUGUAAUAGGAAAAGUUGUCUAUUGAAAAUGAGAUUACUUAAAUUGAUUCUAAAAUUGAAUAGGUUAGAUAUACUAAUAUAAAUAAAUAAUAAUUUCUUCAAAAAAGAAAUUGGAAGGAAGAGAAAAAGGUAACUCUCAAUAAGAUUCAUAUUUAUAGUCAUUCGAAUAAAAAUGGUUAGACCUUGAACAAAAUGAAUCAAAAAUUUAAAUUGAUGACAAGUUGUACAAUCUUUUCAUACAAGAUUCUCCACCAUAAGAAGAUUAAGUAGAUUAAAAGACAAUUGAUACUUUAACAAAGGAAGUUGAAGAUUUAUUAUGUUUCAAAUUACCUGAUGAAUAAGAAGAUCAAUAAUUAUAACAAAGUCAAAGAAGCAAAUUAAAUUAAUAAUAUCAAUCUCCCUUAUAAAUUAUUGAAGAAGAACAAUCCAUCGAAUUGUCUUUUUAAAAAUUAUGA